GAUUAGGUAGCCGCCGCCUCAGAGAAGGCCCUGGAGUUGUCAUCGCUGCCUGGCUGAUCAGAUCUACAGCCCCAAGUAGUCUACAGCUAGCCAUGAAGGAGGACGAUCAUAGACAGGUGAGGCGCAUCACAGCACCGCUUGGCAAUCGAUGGCGCCUGUCAUCUGAGGGGAUGUCUGUGUGUGUUGGAUGUAUGGGUGCAGCUUAAGGGGUCUCGCCGGACCGACGUACCGGCAGCGUCUUCAUCGGCUGCGUCAGCAUCUGGCGGUGGUGGUGGUGAGAGCGACGAGGAGCGGCAGCGUCGGGCUGAGAGGGAAAGAGCCUUGUGCGACAAGAUCAGCGCCACGGUGAGCCAGCCACACGCACUAAAGGCGAUUCCGGCUGUAUCUGUCAAUGGCUGCGUGUGUUUCAGGAGGGCCUUCCCAGCUACAUGAUGGCCUUCCUGCCCAUCAACCUGAUGGUGCAGCAGGCCAAGUCCAUCUGGCAGCACGCCGCACCCGAGCUCUCGGACGUCACCAUCAGCUCGGCAACCAAGGAGGAGCGGUCCUUUUGGCAGCACGUCCAUCUCGCCUUUGUCGCCCAGCUGGCCGCCCGACUCACCCGCCUCACAAUCAUCACACUCCGAUACCCCGUCGGCUUCCCCAGCUGGUGUUUGGACGUGUUUGUGGCCAUGGUAGAGGGCCACAUCGCUGGCCGACGGGCAGCCGACCUGGGCGGCGGGACCCUGCACAUCCUCACCAUCCAAGAAGGGGUUCAGCUGAGCGGCGCGGCGAGGCAGACCGUCUCGAGGACCGACUCGCCCCUCCCAGCUCGUCUCCACCCGCCCCCCACCCUCCACGCGCUCACCACCAUUGAGGGCCUGACCCACCACCAUCAGGGGCUGGCCCCAACCGACGCUGGGAGAUGCCCUCGCUUGGCAUCGUGCAGCAAAAGGAUUGGGAAGCCGGCACAUUGGGCCAGUUCAUCAGCUCGUCCCGCUCACUGCGGCGUGUGGACGGCAGCUUUGGGGGUGGGGUGUGGGCGCGUGUGUUUGACCGGAUCCCUGUGGCACCGACGGGGCAGCAGGGGGGGCCACUCGCGCAGCUGGAGAGCAUCGGCACCAUCGUGGCCGAUGACAAUGAGGCGGCGGCCAUAGAUCGGCUUCGGGUGAUCACAAAAGACGCACAUGUACAGCGGCGCGUGUGGGUUGGCUCAUGAUGUCCUUCCUGUAUGUGUCUGUAGUUGCCUUCAGGAAGUGCUCCUUGCGCGGGGCUGCCGACGGUCACUCGAGCAGCUGCACGUGCGCUUUUAUGGCGCCCACGUCGGCCGCCGCACCCUGCCCGUGCUGCUGGCCCUGGACCGACUGGUCGGCACGUGCUGUCGACCAGACGCCCCACUGACAUUCACCACUACCGGCCGUACCGGGUCCGACCUCUCCAUCUUCUACCACCCCCACUUCCCCACCCGCCCCUCACCCUCAUUCAAGACCAUGCUCCAACAGCUGGCCCAGCAGGCCACAUCAGUGUACUACAUCUUCACUCAGGACGGCCUCGCCAACCCGCACGCCAACCCCGGCAAAUCGGCCAUCGACAUCGCGUCCAGCCUCUCAUUCGACGAGGCUGAGACGGUGGAGGUCCUGAAUGCCGGCGGCUUCCAUCCCCCGGCCAACACCCCCUCCCUCCACCCCACCAUCAUCACCCACCUACAGCCCUUCUCAACCCAGGCCACACGGCUGUGCGUCGCGAGCGGAUUGGGUGGUGCUGUUGGCGAGCUGCUGGCCGCCAAGAUGCCCAAGGAGGUGCGGGUGGUGGACGUCGAAAGGGGGUUGGGUGGUGAGGAGAGGGUGGGCGUUUUGGCGGCGCUGGAGAGGGAGAGAGAGGUGGAUACGGUGGUGAUGGGGGCGGCCGGGGUCGACCAGCUGGUGGAGGCGGCCGGCAGAUUGCCGACGAUCAAGUCACUAGACUCCAAGCUGCCAGGUAUGCCGAGAGAAGAGGGCAGUGUGUCCUUCCCUCCGUCCUCAUUUUUGCCUUGUGUGUGUUCCCUUCCCUUCAGUGGCCGACGAUGUGGAGGAUGCGAGCAGCCUCGUCCGCGGCCGCCUCUCGUCGGUGAUCCCGCACAUCAGGGGCCUGCAGGGCGUGCGUCUGACGGUCGAAAGGGCGAUAGCUGGGCAGCAUGAUUCCAUCCUCGCCUCCCUCCCUCUUGGCGCCAACAUCGAUGCCUUCAGCGUCCGAGGCAUCGGUGGGUCGGUCGACGCCACAUGGACGACAGUUACUGCAGUUCGCAAUCCCUGAAG